AUGUUGUCAUCUCGUGUACGCCUGGUCGCCACGACAGCCCGCCUGGUCCGUUCCCUGAUCUACAGUUCUUCCCGCUCCUUCAUGGAUCUGAAGGCUCUCCUUUCCUCCUUGAAUGACUUUGCAUCCCUCUCAUUUGCUGAGAGUUGGGACAACGUUGGCUUGCUGGUGGAACCAAGCCCACCGCACACUGUAAACACGCUCUUCCUGACCAAUGACUUGACGGAGGAAGUGAUGGAGGAGGCGCUGCAGAAGAAGGCGGAUCUCAUCCUCUCCUACCAUCCGCCUGUUUUCCGACCCAUGAAGCGCAUCACCUGGAAAACGUGGAAGGAGCGCCUGGUAAUCCGGGCACUGGAGAACAGAGUUGGGAUCUACUCUCCUCACACCGCCUAUGACGCUGCUCCUCAGGGGGUCAACAGCUGGCUGGCUAAAGGGCUUGGUGUUUGCACAUCCAGGCCCAUCCAUCCUUCCAAAGCUCCUGACUACCCCACGGAGGGAACUCACAGAGUAGAAUUCAGUGUUACCCACACCCAAGACCUGGACAAAGUCAUUUCUGCACUGAAAGAAAUUACAGGUGUAUCUGUCACUUCUUUUUCUGCUAGGACUGAUGGUGAAGAACAAACACGGCUCAGUUUGAACUGUACUCAGCAAGCUUUGAUGCAGGUGGUGGCUUUUCUUUCCCAGAAUAGGCAGUUUUAUCAGAAGACUGAAAUUCUGUCACUAGAGAAGCCUCUACUUCUCCAUACUGGGAUGGGACGGUUAUGCACACUGGAUGAGUCUGUCUCCUUGGCAACCAUGAUUGAGCGAAUCAAAAGCCACCUAAAACUAUCUCAUGUCCGCCUUUCUCUUGGAAAAGGGAAGACCUUAGAGUCCCCAGUGAAAGUCGUGGCUCUGUGCGCUGGUUCUGGGAGCAGCGUCCUGCAGGGGACAGACGCCGACCUUUAUCUCACAGGUGAGAUGUCCCACCAUGAUGUUCUGGAUGCUGCUUCCCAAGGAAUAAGUGUCAUCCUCUGUGAACACAGCAACACUGAACGAGGCUUUCUUUCUGAUCUUCGAGAUAUGCUGGGUGCUCACUUGGAGAAUAAGAUUAAUAUUAUCCUGUCAGAAACAGACAGAGACCCUCUUCAUGUGAUAUAA